UCCCUCGUGGUUCGAGAACAGAAUGGCGUUAAAUCACACUGCCCUGCCUCAGGACGAGCGCCUGCCACAUUACCUUCGAGAUGGGGAUCCCUUUGCUUCCAAACUUUCUUGGGAAGCGGAUCUAGUGGCUGGCUUUUACCUGACAAUAAUUGGGAUUCUGUCCACGUUUGGAAAUGGAUAUGUCCUUUAUAUGUCUUCUAGACGAAAGAAGAAGCUGAGACCAGCCGAAAUAAUGACUAUCAAUUUAGCAGUCUGUGAUCUGGGGAUUUCAGUUGUAGGCAAGCCGUUCACCAUCAUCUCUUGCUUUUGUCACCGCUGGGUGUUUGGCUGGAUCGGCUGCCGCUGGUAUGGAUGGGCUGGAUUUUUCUUUGGCUGUGGAAGCCUUAUCACCAUGACUGCUGUCAGCCUGGAUCGAUAUUUGAAAAUCUGCUAUUUAUCUUAUGGGGUUUGGCUGAAAAGAAAGCACGCCUACAUCUGCCUGGCAGCCAUCUGGGCCUAUGCUUCCUUCUGGACCACCAUGCCCUUGGUAGGUCUGGGGGACUACGUACCUGAGCCCUUCGGAACCUCGUGCACCCUGGACUGGUGGCUGGCCCAGGCCUCGGUAGGGGGCCAGGUUUUCAUCUUGAACAUCCUCUUCUUCUGCCUCUUGCUCCCAACGGCUGUGAUCGUGUUCUCCUACGUAAAGAUCAUUGCCAAGGUUAAGUCCUCUUCCAAAGAAGUAGCUCAUUUCGACAGUCGGAUCCAUAGCAGCCAUGUGCUGGAAAUGAAACUGACAAAGGUAGCGAUGUUGAUUUGUGCUGGAUUCCUGAUUGCCUGGAUUCCUUAUGCAGUGGUGUCUGUGUGGUCAGCUUUUGGAAGGCCAGACUCCAUUCCCAUACAGCUCUCUGUGGUGCCAACCCUACUUGCAAAAUCUGCAGCGAUGUACAAUCCCAUCAUUUACCAAGUUAUUGAUUACAAAUUUGCCUGUUGCCAAACUGGUGGUUUGAAAGCAACCAAGAAGAAGUCUCUGGAAGGCUUCAGGCUGCACACCAUAACCACAGUCAGGAAGUCUUCUGCUGUGCUGGAAAUUCAUGAAGAGUGGGAAUAACAAAUGUUCUGGUUGUGAAUAGUGCAUCUGAAGUGCUUACACAGCAUCUGGCACAUGCAGAGAAAUUAGCUUACAAAUGUUAUUUUUCUGACUUCUCGCCUCCACUCCGCUUACCCUGUCAGGAAAAAAUAAUUCACAAGGAAUAUCAAAACAAUGAUGCACUCUAGGAGUAUCCAAGUAUCUUAGCUGAGUUAUCUCACUUUAGUAUAGUGGCAGAGUUACAACUAGAGAGUGCUAGAAUCCCACGCUUUAGACAUCCUGCAGUGCACACCUCAGUCUCAUCAGUAAGGACCUCACUUUCUUCUGAACUGGGGCUUGUGAAAGCUGGCCUGGAAAGCCUGAUUCAAGGAGAUCAGGCAUGUCUCUGACUGGAGCAGCUACACUCCACAUCUGUAAUUUGAUUUGUUCUAUUGCAGAUGAUGUACUGGGCAGAGGUGAGUGUGGAUUGGUGAAAAUCUGUUUUUAUGACUGGCAAAGCAGUGCAGGGGGAUCUUUCACUCAUAAGAAGCAUCAUCAGUAGGGUUUGUCCCUGAUGCCUUUACCACAGCAUCUGAGCACCUCUCAAGUUUUUCCAGGCCAGCUCCAGUUUCAGUGAGGAGAGUGUGGGCUUUCUAUUCCCCAAAUAUUCUUACUACAGUUAAUGUGUAGGUUACUGCCUCAGCCCAGCUGCAGGUUCCCAGAUGUGAGUUCCAUGUAGGCAGAAACUGUCCAGUUCUUGAAAUUGAAUUAUUUCCUUGUGUAUGUGUUUUUUUUUCCUGCUUAAAGCUCCUUGGGAUGCUUCCUCUCAAAAGUCUUUGAAGAAUGAGGUUAAGCUAAGACAACCUGGAUCAAUUUUUUUUUGGUAAAAAUGAGAUUGAAAUUAUCCCCAUAAUUCAAUAAAAUAGCUUUUUUCCUUCUUUCUUUUUACUUUGUUGGAAACUACGCAACAGAAACAAAGUAAGAAGACUCUACCUUAAUUUCAAAGGUAACUCUUACAUAAAGAAGAAAGUCAUUAUGCCAGGCCAGGGGGAGAGUGGAAAGGGGAAAUUUAGAGAAUAGAAACAAACUUAAGCAUGUGUGAAUUGUAAACACAUAAUGAAUGAAUGAGAAGGGCCAGCCAGGAGUCUGUGAAAUGGUCCAGUUGGGAAAUGCCUAAUGCAUAAACACAAAUCUUGGUGACAGGUAGGUUAGCUAUCUGUGAACUUUCUAAAGGUUAAAUAAACAAUCAUAGGAUUUUGUUAAUGUGCCAAAGUGAGUUUAAACCAUGAAAGACAUGAUGCAAAUGUGCAAGUACCUUUAAUUGGGCAUAAUAAAAAGUAAUGAGGUAUGGUUAAAAUCAUAACAUUUAGAACAAGAGAGAAGUUAGGGAGAAUUUUUGUCUAAAAAGCCAAAAAGUGAUAGUUGAUUAGUGAAAAGGAGAGAGAAUUUUCUUAAUAUAAUAAAUUAGGUACUUUGGCAAGUGAAAUGGGUUCUAGGCCAAUUGCAAAUCCUUGGGAUUCCCUGGCAGCUAGAACCUUGGCACUCCCAAAAGACAGUUCCAGCUAAAAUGACAGAUGAACACGAGUCUUCAAGUCAAAACUACUGUUGUACCACAUCCGUUGAAUGUUUGGUGAUUCAAGUCUCUGUUAUUCAGGAACUGAUUCUGUUUUUCCUCCUGUCAAAACCUUUGGCUGAUUUUGACUGUAGUAGCACAUCUGGCAGGAAUAUGACAGAAAAAAAUUAAGUUAAAAAUAUAAUUUCUAUUCCAGUAUUUUUUUCUGUAAAAGGCUUUAUGGGGAAGAAGGGAAGAAGGUUGACAUGAGUAGAGACGAUACUCGCCUCUGGAUGACCCAGUUGGGUUCUCCUUUGACUGCCAUUCACCACAGUUGACCUCAUUAGGCUCUGAAGUGUGAGAAGAGCUUCAUUGCCAAGUUAGUGAAAGAAGCAGAUGAUUUACUUUUGCUUGAGUGGGUCUGUAGACCUCGGGAGAUUAGCCAUUUCUCUUAGAGUUUGGUGUAUGUAUUAAGAUACAGCAUGUAUGUAGGUAUAUAUAAUACAUAUAUGUGUGUAUACAUAUAUAUAUAUCUGGUUUGUUUAAUAUCUUUUAAAAAAUUUUAAUGGAAUUUUUUGAACAUGUACAAAAGAGAAGGAAUCCUAUGAUGAACUCCCAUGUAUCCAUCAUCCUGCUUCAACAAUGAUCAACCCGUAGCGUAUUGUGGUUCACGUUGACACUCAUCCACUUCUUUCCUUCCCCAUCUCUCCCCAUUAUUUUGAGACAAAUGAGAUCCUGGGAUUUCAUCAAAAUAUUAUGAAUAUCUUAUUUGUGAGAACAAGAUUUCCCAAAGCAUGAUCCCCAGAAACCUAGUCCUGCAAAACUACCACAAAAAUAACGUGUUCUAAUCUCCAAA